AAGAUGCGGUUUGUAUAAUUACCACUCCGUAUCAGAGCUCCAAAUAGUCGCCGUCAUCAUACCUGAAUCUAGUUGAGAAGGUCCCGCAUCUUGCAAUGCUCGCCUGCACUGGACAAGAGCGUGGCAGGCCACAGCAAGACACCGUUCUCCCACGGCUGCUGACAUCGCCUGCUUAUUAACCUUAAAAGCAGCAAACAAACAUACAGGUGUCCCAAGAGCAAGGGUUUGUGAUCGGCGAUGAGAAGAGGGGGCUGGCUGCAUCUGUUGCGUGUGAAUUAAUUUCCACAUUAGCAUCCAGUUAGCUAACUGUAAUGUCAGACACUUAACGUAAAUAUCAGGGUUUACAUUGAAAAUCGCAAAUGUCAGCUUUCAUUAGUGGUGGGCAGUGCUUAGCGGGGAUCUCCAGUAAAUACAGGUGUGGUAACGGACUGAUACAUCACGUCUGUAUAAGAAGAAGGACCUGAAAGGUGCACGGAUGUUCAGUGUAAUGCUUCGGAGCUAACGGACUAGCUUGGUGGAAACAUGUCGGUAGUCUGAACUGAAGAGCGUUGAUUGUCGCUUUACACGGUGCUAGCUAAUAUGGAUGGUCUUACUUCCACCAAGGAUCACUGUGUCUCGCAUCGGAAAAUGCAAUGAGAAGACUGCAAGAGGAAAACCUGUAAAGCUCGACGCGAUAAUGGAGACUUUCUUGCAGAUAGCUCCCCAUUCCCUGGCAAUAGUGCUUUCCAGGGUCGAGACUGGGGAAGCAGAGGGGGCGGCCGGGGUAUCAGAGAGCGAUGAAUUGCCGAAGCACCACACAGGCUAUGAUAUAUUUGCCGAUUUCAAAGCAGAAAAUACCCAGCAACGUGUGUGGAACCAACGGAUUACCGACGCUAUGUCCGAGACCUUCUUCCUGGGUUGGAUAGACGAACAUGUGCUGCUGAUCCAGGGGAAAGAGGACCAUCUGGAGGUGUUGAGGGAUGGAUGGAUGCGGAGGUACCUCAAUCCUCCUCGGGGAUUCACCAUCAAAUACCUUGGUGAUGUGUCACCCAUCAGUAUGUCCCCCAUCAGCCAAUCGCAGUUCUUUCCUCUGGGAGAGGUGUUGCUAUUGGCUAUCUCCGCGAUGAACUCUGCCCAUAGGCCUGUCAGUCAGGAGGCCCUAACUGAACACCUGCAGACAUGUUUUCCAGGUGUUCCUACGCCAACAGAAGAGGUUUUGCACCACACACUAAGCAUGCUGGUCCAUGAGAGGAAGAUCUACCCAGCAACAGACGGAUAUUUUAUUGUAACCCCACAGACCUACUUUAUCACACCGAGCCUAAUCCGAACCAGCUCCAAGUGGUACCACUUAGACGAGAGAUCCAUUGACCGACACCAGCAACAUCAGCAGACACAGUGCACCUCACCUCACUUUGGCACCGUCACCCCAUCCACUUCUGGAGGCGUGCAUGAUAAAACACAGAUUAAGGCUAGCCAAAACCAUAGUGCAGGCGGGGGUGCAGGUGGAGAUUCUUUUUACAGCAACACUUACCAUGGAGACGACCCUCCAAGCCAACACACCAACCUACAGUGCCGAUUCCCCAAAGACCAUCGGGAAGUGUACUCAUCCCCAAACCCUUCACAAACACCUCCCCAGCAAACAGGAGGCGCCACAGAAAAAAGCCGCAGCACCCUCGGGUUCACCUUCAAGACGGAAACUCUAACCAAGCACAGGGGGGGGGGCAAUGGGGGAGGUGGAGGAGGAGGAGGAACUGCAGAGAUAGAGAAACAAACCAGUGGAGGAAGUGGUACAGGCAGUCGUAAGUUUGGUCUGAAGCUGUUCCGUCUGAGCUUUAAGAAAGAUAAGACCAAGCAGUUUGCGACCUUCUCAGCACAGUUCCCCCCUGAUGAGUGGCCACUCCGUGAUGAGGAGGUGCCCAGCCAACUGCCACGUCAUGUAGAGAUGGAGAUUAUCCGCAGAAUCAACCCUGACCUUACUGUUGAGAAUCUUGCCAGGCACACAGCUGUCAUGAAGCGUCUUGAAGAAGAGCGUGCUCAAAGAAGUAAAGCCUCAUCAGCCAAUCAGAGCUCUAGGAGUAGGAGAAGUGGAGGUAGACACAGGAAGCAGUCACAGACCAAAUUAAGCCGCUCACAUAGUAAAACAAGGGCAUUGCAUGGUGAGCCAAGUGAUGCAUCCCACCUAGAGCUGGCUGACAGGGACUAUAGAGCCUACUCAUCCUCACUGGCUCGGUCACCAAGGGAACACGCUCUGGCCAUGGAGCGACAGCGGGCUCGGCUUCACCUUGCACACAGCAACCCCAACAUUCUAGACACCUCUCACCUGCCUAUCACACCGGAAUGGGAUGUGUCUGGAGAGCUUGCUAAGCGAAGAACGGAAAUGCCUUUCCCAGAGCCAAGCCAUGGCCCAUCAGCCCACCACUCCAAAGUCCACCGCUCACACUCGCACACCCAGGAGAGAAAAUCCAGGAAUGAAAGGAGUGACAAGGCCAAGGAACGUUCCAGAUCCAUGGACAAUUCCAAGGGACAGCUUGGAGCAGGGUUGAUCGCACCACCUGAUUAUUAUGAUGACCGGAACCGUUACUAUACUGAUGAUGGUACCCUGCGAGCGAAUCAGAGCUCUUCUCACUACUCUCGUUCCACACCCACCUCAGCUAAGCUUGCUGGGGAUUGUCUGGGGCUGGAUGCUGGUAGGAGCUUAGAGAGGAAUAAGAGCAGGGACAACCUUCCAGCAUACUCACCAAAACCCCUGCCCACUUCUGUUGCUCCUGAUGAUUACUUUCAUUGCUCUGGUUCCUCUGAUGCUGUUAUCACAACAGCAAAUCCACUGGGAACUCUGAGCAAAAGUUGCCAUGAUGGAUUAAAAGUAGGUAACUCUAACAGGAAGACAGACAGACAGACACCCCACCUGACAGACCAUAAGGAGGACAAAUGGGUGGGACCUAAAGGUGGCAGUCUGCCUCCUAUACCUCUCACUAACCCUGACCCGGCCCUUCCAAAUGGACGGCCUCCCCACAGUGCCUCCUUUGGUCAGGAGAAACGUAAAGAGAUAUUUAGUAAAGACACUCUCUUCAAACCUCUUCCUGGCCUACAUUUGCCUGGCUACAGCUCCCUGAGAAAAAACCCUGCCCUUGUCUCUUCUACCCUGUCCUCAUCCUGCGAUGUACUCGAUUCCCAGGAGGCCUUUGAUGCGCCCAGACCUUUGAUGGCCACAGCAUCUGACCCCCCACAGGGGCUUGAACCCACGACCAGUACUGCAGAGGCAUCAUUCGACUAUUACAAUGUCUCAGAUGACGAUGAACUUGAGGAGAGUGGGACCAAAAGUCGAGGAGAGGACCAGAAGGCUGGAGGAGGCAUUGUUGGGAUGGGAGGGGGUGCAGCAGGUACCAUGCAGUGGCUCCUGGAGCGAGAGAAGGAGAGGGACCUACAGAGGCGAUUUGAAAGAACCCUCACCUUCCCCAGUGCUAAAGAGAGGCUUCCAGAGUCCAGUCAGAACCAGCAGUCAGCCCACUCUGCUAGACUGGACAGUAUGGACUCCAGCUCCAUCACAGUUGACAGUGGAUUCAAUUCUCCACGAACAAGGGAGAGUCUAGCAUCUAACACCUCUUCCAUAGUGGAGAGUAACCGUCGUCAGAACCUGGCAUUGAGUCCUGGACACCUCAGCAUCACUACUGGCAACGGUCGCCCCUUCUCCUUCCGUAACAUCACAGAACCUACCAGCACCCAACCAGAGAAACUCCAGAAGCCCAGCGCCUGCCUUGCAUCAAUCACCAGCGUCUAGGGACAGAAAUAAAGGCUGGGCGGGAUGCUGAAAUCCAAUGGACAAUGGCCAGAAAAUUUAAGUUCCAACCCGAGGACUGUUACACCUUAAGACGAACAAAUGGAUUUAGCCAGUGGAACUGUACCUGUUUAAACACACAUACUCACAUAAAUAAACAGGCCACUGGGCAGUCAUUGUACAGCCUCUUGUUUACACUGCUGUUAUGUUCUUUCACAUACAUUGGUGUUUGUGUGUGGGCGUGUGUGUGGGCGCACUCUCUUGUACAGCUAUCUUGUGAGGACCAGUUUGAGUUUAAAACCCAUCGAGUGAAGAUAUUUUAGGAAAGUGACGACAUUUUGGCCGGGUCCUCACUUUGUGACCCCCCCUAUAAUGGGCUGGGGGUUAAGACUGGUUUCAGUGUUAGAGUUAGAAUUAGAUGUAGGUUAAAGUAACCCCUAGAGCAGGGGUAGGCAACCUUUGUUAUCGAAAGAGCAAUUUGGCCCCCUUUUCCCCCACAUAAAGUUAAAUAUAUAGUAGUGAUGCACCGAUGUAUCGGGCGAUCGGUAGAGGCCGAUAUUCGCCUCGUUUACUGAUAUCGGCGUAUCGGUAAUAAACUUUACUUUCACAGAUAUCAUUGGCCGAUGUUCAAAUUUGUGGUAAAACCGCUGGGUUUUAUAUAUAUAAACAAUAUUUUGUUGCAUUUAUUAAAUUAAAGAACAACAAAAAAACGUGAAAUUAUAUUGAUAUUUUUACCUGUUACAACAAAGAAAAAUAUCAAACUCUUAUGAUGAACCUGAGUGAUAUAUAAAAAGUGAUUUGUUAAGUUUACCGUUAGCAAAAAAAAUGCGCAACAUGCACAACACUGUACAGGGAGCCACUGCAGAGGGGCUGAAGUGCCGCGGGAUGCCAACCCCUGCCCUGGGUUGGGCAUUAAGUUUGGAUGGUUAAGGUAAGGGGCUAGGGAAUGCACUAUGCUAAUAAGUGUCCACACUAAAAUAGCUGUACAAAUGUGUGUAUGUGUGUCUGUUAUAUUUGUAUAAUCUGUAAUCUCAGGUCAUGUUUUUUCCACUCUUGUUCUAGCUGCUCCAGAUCAGUACAUCUAACUAUGUGUGACUAGGUGUACAUAUUUAAGAGAUGCUGCUCUGCUGACCACUGUUACUAAUGGUACACACUUUGACACUAAUCCAACUUAACAUUCUCCACUAAGAGGUACCCUGUAAAAUGUAGCAAACAAAUUCUCAUUGAAUGAAUCAUCCCUCCAAAAUGCAAGAUUUUGGUGCUUAAACAUUCAAAUGAAUAACCUGUUACCUAGGCUUUACCCUCUGCACCAUUAAUGUGACGAUGACCAUCGGAACUGUGUAAACAUUCUUUCCAGUUUUAACUUUAAAUCUCCUCCAGCUUAACAGGAAACCUGAGGACCAGCUCCAGGGAUAAGAUUUGAUUUGAAAUUAUUUAAUAUUUUCCACAUUUCUGGCCCCCCUCUUGACUGCUAAUUCAACAGAUGAAGAUGUAUCAUGUUUCAACUUUCUGUUGGUUGCCAGAAAUAAUCUCUGCCAUUCAAGCGAGUGUUCUAAUGUUCACUGACAGAUGUUUUCACUACUGUUCUAUUGUAGCAGGCCAGGUGUGUUUUUAAUAAAAAAUACUUUAUUGAUUA